AUAAAAUCAAUUGGAAUAUAAAUAUUGUACUUACAUUUCAGUAUAUAGAGCAGUAUAAAGUAAUUGUCUGUGACGUAGUUUGUACUGGCUUUGCUAGCGCUUUCUAUGUUGUAAAACUAGGCAAAUCUCUAGAUGAGUUGAUGUACUCCCUGGAAGAUCUCUGCGUCCCCCCAGGGGUAUAAGUACCCCUGGUUGAGAACCACUGAGCUAGGCUGCCUGGCUUAAGCUGCACAGGGGAGGGGUGCACCUGGGCUCAGGAGCGUCUGAGACCUGGGAGAAUGGACCGCUCCCCCAGGGUCAGGGGAAUGUGGGACCCAGCCAGGAUGCCUGCUACACCUCCCAUCCCAAAGCUGGGAAGGAGAUGUCUAUCACAAGCCUGCCUGGCUGCACCCUAUUUCUGGUUGUUGGUUCUGCUCUGCUUUGGGGAGGGACAAUCUGUCUGAGCAGCUAGGCACGCGCUCCUUCCUGUACUUGCCUUGGGGGUUAUUUAAGGUGAAUAACUGAUUAGUGUGGACAGGGGCCAAGCUGUCCAGAUCCAGUCCUUGGAAGAAAAGCCACGUUAUCGCCUCUUUCACCGCCACACAAAGGGCAGCAUCAGCCCCUGGUCGGUGCCUCUAGCCGCGCCUCGCGCUGGGCACUUGUGAAGCCUGGGCGAAGAUUUUUGCCUCUCUGAAACUUUUCACCUCUUGACUUCAGGGAGCAGCAAGUCCCAGCCUCGGGGCUUUCUAUCUCUAGCCCCCUUUCCCCUUGUAACUCCAUUAAUCCUACUUCCCUGGCAGCCCACAAGGCUGUGUGAGCCAUUUUCCUCUCUCCUGCUAAUGUCCUUGCUGUCUCGGCUGUGGCUGUGCAAACCCAAGCAAUCACGUCAAUAACAGCAAACGGAUACCGGGGAAGAACCAAACCUACGAUGAAGGCAGAGGCUGGGCAGAUGAUUGUUUCUUACAUGUUACCGGCCCUUGUCUGGCUUCUCUUGCCAAUAAGCUCUGAUUGAAUCUGAGGAUGAGGGCAUGGCCUGACAUAUUGCUGGUGGAGAUACCUUAUCUGCUGGCUCCUUUUCCAGGCUUACAAUCAUAAAUUGUCCUUCUCUCGCCCCUUUCAUCAAAGGGCCUCAAAGCACAGUACAGACCCUAAGGAAUGAAGCCUCAACCCUUCCCUGGAGGUGGAGAUAUAAUCCCAGAUAGGGAAACUGAGGCACGCCUGUGACUUGCCCAAGGAACCACGGCAACUCAGUAACAGAGCUGGGAAGAGAACCCAUGAGGUCGGAUUCCCGGUGCCUUUGGUCUAACCCAGUGGUUCUCAACCUAUUUACCAUUGUGGGCCGCAUCCAAUACUACCUAUAUGGCCCUGAGGAUGUCACAUGGGCCGCAGCUGUGUGCUGACUGGGCCGCAGGUUGAGAACCACUGGGCUAACCACUAACGCCCACUUCUGAGCUGUGGAUUAGAACAAGGAUGGUGGGGGUGGAGAGCGUCAGGCUUCACUUCUCAGUUACUGAAGGCCAGGAUUGGAGUUUUUAUGCUGCUUUUGGUUGUUUCUGCUCCAGUCGUAAUUUUUCGGGGGUGCUGAGUUACUGUGACUGCUCUGUACACACAUCAGGUCUGUAUGCACACAAGAGAUUGGAGGCCCAGGUACCUCUUGGCAUCAGCAGCCUCCCUGCUCCUUUUUCACAACUCCUGCCAGCUGGACAGGUCCCCAGAGGCUAGGCUAAGCCUUUCUCCUGAUCCUUUCAGCCUGAGCCCUCGUGCAAGCAGCAAAGGGAGAGCAAAGUCCGCCUGCCAGUGGCUGGUUUGGGUGACAUGGACAGGUGGUGCCACAAGUACAGGGUUUGUGCUAUCGCUUCCUCCAAACCAGCUCAGAAGUUAAAGCAGCCUGUCCUGGGAUGAGCUGGAUUGUAAACUUGGCUUCAUGCUCCUUUCCAAAGCAGCAGGUGGAGUGCAGCUGAGAGGAGACACUUGGCAAGGCACCGCUAGGCCAGGGAGCCACACUCCACACUGGGAGUUAAGAGGUCUGGCAUCUGUUCCCAGCUCUGCCACUGACUUGCUGUGUGUCUUUGGGCACGUCACUUCAUCUCUCUGCAGCUCCGCAUCCCCAUCGGUAAAGCCAGGCUCACAGCGCUGAUCUAGUUAUAAGACCAGCAGCAGGCCAGGUUGUUUUCGUUCCCGGGCUCAGAGAGCACAUCAUGGUCAACGAGCCCCACAGCGCCAGCAAUGGGAGCGCCAGUUCCAGGUCGGACGGCAGCAGCAGCGGCAGUGAGGGCUCCAAGGACAGCUCGCGAUGCUCCACCCCCGUCCUGGAUGCGGAGCGCCACGAGCGGCUGCGGGAGAAGAUGCGCCGGCGAUACGACUCCGGGGACAAGUGGUUCUCCUUAGAGUUCUUCCCCCCGCGGACGGCCAAUGGUGCGGUCAACCUGAUCUCCAGGUUCGACCGCAUGGGGAUGGGUGGCCCCCUCUUCAUUGAUGUGACCUGGCACCCGGCAGGGGACCCGGGCUCCGACAAGGAGACCUCCUCCAUGAUCAUUGCCAACACGGCCGUCAACUACUGUGGCCUGGAGACCGUCCUGCACAUGACAUGUUGCAACCAGACCAAGGAGGAGAUCACAGGGCAUCUGCAGAAAGCCAAGCAUCUGGGGCUGAAGAACAUCAUGGCGCUGCGAGGAGACCCCAUUGGCGAGGAGUGGGAGGAAGAGGUGGAAGGCUUCAACUACGCCGUCGACUUGGUGAAGCACAUUCGCUGCGAGUUCGAUGACUAUUUUGACAUCUGCGUGGCAGGUUACCCCAAGGGCCACCCUGAAGCCGAGAGCUACGAAGCCGACCUGAGGCACUUGAAGGAGAAAGUCUCUGCUGGGGCUGACUUCAUCAUCACGCAGCUCUUCUUCAGGUCCAAGACCUUCCUCGCGUUCAUGAAGGACUGUCAGGCCAUUGGCAUCACCUGCCCCAUCGUACCUGGCAUCUUUCCCAUCCAGGGUUACCAUUCUCUGCGCCAGCUCGUGAAGCUCUCCAAACUCGAGGUGCCACAGGAGAUCAAAGAAGUGAUCGAGCCCAUCAAGGACAACGACGCAGCCAUCCGGAACUACGGGGUGGAGCUGGCGGUGUCCAUGUGCCGGGAGCUGCUGGACAGUGGCAUGGUGUCUGGUCUGCAUUUCUACACCCUCAACAGAGAAGUGGCCACCACUGAGAUCCUCAAACGUCUGGGCAUUUGGAAAGAGGAUCCCAGACGGCCUCUGCCCUGGGCAGUCAGCGCCCACCCCAAGAGGAGAGUCGAAGACGUCCGGCCUAUUUUCUGGGCCUCCAGGCCAAAGAGCUACAUUCACCGAACUCAGGAAUGGGACGAUUUCCCCAAUGGCCGCUGGGGGAACUCUUCCUCGCCAGCCUUCGGCGAGCUGAAGGACUAUUACCUCUUCUACCUGAAGAGCAAGUCGCCUCGGGAGGAGCUCCUGAAGAUGUGGGGGGAGGAGCUGAUGAGCGAGGAGAGUGUCUUCGAGGUGUUCACCUGUUACAUCUCCGGAGAGCCCAACAAGGAGGGGCACAAGGUGACCUGCCUGCCCUGGAACGACGACCCUCUCGCUGCUGAAACCAACCUCUUGAAGGAGCAGCUGGAGAAGGUGAACAGAAGAGGAAUCCUGACCAUCAACUCCCAGCCAAACAUCAAUGGCAAACCGUCCACUGACCCCAUCGUGGGCUGGGGGCCCAGUGGGGGCUAUGUCUUCCAGAAGGCAUACCUGGAAUUCUUCACCUCCAGCGAGAACAUCACCGCGCUGCUCAAAGUGCUGAAGACGAAGAAGUACGAGCUCCGUGUGAAUUACCACAUUGUCAACGUCCGGGGUGAAAACAUCACCAACGCUCCCGAUCUGCAGCCCAACGCCGUGACCUGGGGCAUCUUCCCAGGCAGAGAGAUCAUUCAGCCGACGGUUGUGGAUCCAGUUAGCUUCAUGUACUGGAAGGAUGAGGCCUUCGCUUUGUGGAUUGAGCAGUGGGCUAAGCUGUACGAAGAGGAGUCUCCCUCUCGCAUGAUUAUCCAGUACAUCCACGACAACUACUACUUGGUCAACCUGGUGGACAAUGAGUUCCCGCUGGAGAACUGCCUGUGGCAGGUCAUGGAGGACACUUUUGAGUUGUUGAACUGUCCCACGGAGCAGUGAGUCACAGCUGCCUGCUCCGUCCAUCCACCCGCUCACUGCAGGCAGCACAACUGCCAUGGGGCAAGAGGAGCCCGGCUUGGCAGGACAGGGAGCCAGACACUCCGCCCAAGGGCCAUGACCACUCUGCUCUCACCUCCUCAUUGAGCCACGUUCUUUCUCCUGCUCUGCCCGAGGCACAUGCUCGUCUCUCCCAGAGCAAGACUCCAUCGGGGCUUCCCAAUGCCCCUCUCUGUUACAAACUAACCAUGUCCCAGUCUGUUCUCAUAUGCUAAUGGCAGCUAGAACCAUCUGAACCUCCCCGCAGAGCUGCAGGCUGCACUCUAAGAAACGAUCCAGCAGCUUUUUCAGUGUCCUCUUCAGGGUCUGUUUCAAUGUGAUCAUAGUGGGGACUCGCCCACUCACUGCAGCAGAGACAGCGUGCUGGGGUAUUUGGACACUAAAUGGUCUAAAAGACUUGGUCACGUUUUUCUCCCAACCUCCCCACUCCCCUUUUUGUUUUGUUUUUUAAAGGAACGGGAAGAAGGGAAUUCUCCAGGUCAAUUUCAGCUCUAGUUCAGUGAUUAGGAAUUAAUUAAUAAAU